UUGGCUGCCCCGCGGAGGCCCCACCCAAAGGCCCAGCCCUGGCACAGACCGCUGAACCUUGCCCCGCGCCCGUCACGUCGGUAAACAGUGGCGUGGCCGAAACCACCGGGGACGUGAAGGCCGGGGCCGGUGGAGGAGGGUGGGGAGGCCAGGUGCAAAGAACUCGAGGAACCCAGAACGGUUCGUGCCGAUUCGGCAGGGAGAGGAGGUGAAGUUAGGACUCCACGGCCGGAGAUGGUAGGGCCCAAGGUGGAAGCUACCAAAACCACAGGAUUGGUCUGAGCUGGGGCACUGGAAGGCCGAAGCGUCCCUCCGGUCCCGAUGCUGGACAGCACGGCCCAGCCCGCGGGCACCCCGGCGGGCGGCGAACUCUGCCGCGAGUGCGGCCAGCAGCACCUCCUGCCCAACAACCACCUGUAUAACUUCCAGGAUGAGGUGGACGAUGAGCUGCUGUGCCACAUCUGCCUGCAGCCCCUGCUGCAGCCUAUGGACACGCCCUGCGGCCACACCUACUGCUUCUGCUGCCUGGAGGGCUUCCUGCAGGAGGCCAGCUUCUGCCCCAUGGACCGCAAGAAGCUCAGCCUCCAGCACUGCCGCAGGUCCAGCCUACUGGUCCGCAACCUGCUGGACAAGCUGAUCGUCCUCUGCCCCUUCCGGCCGGACUGCCCUCUGACCAUGCAACGCUGCCAGCUGGAGGGACACCUGCAGAACAGGUGUCCCGGGUUCCAGAAGUAUCGGGCGGAGCUGAGCCGGCAGAAGGGUGCCCGGGGCUGCCGUCAGGAGGAGCCCCUGCCCGGGGAGGAGGCAGGCGCCCCCGGGGAGCAGACCCCCGGGGUAAUGCCCCCAGCGGUGGAGAGCUCUCUGGCGGCGGCCGUGGCCCUCGGACUGCCGGAGCCGGGGCUGGUCAACCCGGCCUAUGAGGAGAGCGAAGAAGAUGGGCCUCCCAGGGCCAGCCUGGUGGCGGAAACGGUGGCGGUGGAGCUCCGCCGGGAGGACCCGGAGGAGGAGCUGGGGCUGCGCAUCGUCGGCGGGAGGGACACGCCCCUGGGCAACAUCGUCGUGCAGGAGGUCCGCCGGGACUCACUGGCCGCCUUGGACGGAAGGGUGGCGCCCGGGGACCACGUGCUCGAGGUCAACGGGGUGACCAUCGGCAACGUGACGCACGAGCAGGCCAUCGGGCUCCUCCGCCAGUCGGGCCCCACCCUACGCCUGGUGGUGCUGCAGGAGAAGGGCUUCACACCCAAAACCCCCGCUCAGGACGCCGGCCGGGAGGUCGUCCGCGUCACCCUGGUCAAGAGGGACCGGACGGAGCCCCUGGGCAUCAAGCUGAUUCGCAAGGGGGAGGAGGCCGGGAUCUUCAUCCUGGACCUGUUGGACGGCGGCCUGGCCGCCAAGAACGGGCAGCUGAGCCGCAACGACCAGGUCCUGGCCAUAAACGGGCAGGACCUGCGGCAGGGCACGCCCGAGGCCGCCGCCCACAUUAUCCAGACCAGUGAGAAUCGAGUUCAUUUUGUGGUGUUGAGGCAGAAGACCCCUCCCCUCCAAGAGGCGGGGGAAGACGGGGGGAUGCUGGGGUCCGGCAGCGGCAGCCCCGUUCACCCAAGGAGAAGGCCCGAGCAGACUCACUACCUGCGGCCUGCCGCCUACCAGAAGGAGCCGCCCGCGGGCUUCCUGAGCCAGGAGAGGAUGCUCACGAUCAAGAAGGAGCCGCGGGAGUCUCUGGGGAUCACCAUCGGCGGGGGCAGAGACAGCAAGCACCAGCUGCCGGUCUUCGUCACCAGCGUGCAGCCCGUCGGCUGCCUCUCCCGCGACGGCAGGGUCAGGAGAGGCAGCGUGCUCCUGAGCAUCAACGGCGUCGACCUGACCCAGCUGUCCUACUACGAGGCCGUCUCUGCGCUGAAGCACCACACGGCCUCCACUUCGGUGAUGCUCAGAGUCCUGGACAUCUUGGUGCCUGAGAGGAGCCCGGAGAACGGGGAGGUGGUCCCCGAGGCCGCCAGAGAGCCCGGACACGGCUGGGCGCCGCUCUGGGUGACGUGGCUGGGGUUGCCCAGCUGCCUUCACUGCUGCCAAGACAUCGUCCUGCGCAAGAGCGACGCAGAGAGCUGGGGCUUCAGCAUCGUGGGAGGGUUCGAGGAGGCCAAAGGCAGCCAGCCCUUCUUCAUCAAGACCAUCGUGCCCGGCACCCCGGCCUUUCGAGAUAAGAGACUCAGGUGCGGAGACGAAAUCGUGGCGGUCAACGGCCUGCCGGCCGUCCGCAUGGCCAACUCGGAGCUGAUCCCCAUGCUGAAGGAGCAGAGGAACAGGGUCACGCUGACCGUGGUGUCCUGGCCGGGGAGCCUGGUGUGAACCUCGGUGGCCGGGGGCCCCUCCCCUCCCCGCCGCCCCCGCCCCGCACUGGACUCUCCCCGAGGACCUCCUGGAGAAGACGGGGCAGGACCGUGCCUCGGCAGCCGCCCGUCCACUCUACCCGUUCCCUCCUCUGGCUUGAUCCCAGUUGUUAUGGCGGUGACUUCCCCGGCCGCCCCAUCCUGGCAGGUGGGGCGUCGGGGGUGGGAGCGUGCCCCCGCGGGAAGGGCGGCGGCCUCGGCCGUUAUUUAUUCGCGGCAGAAGAGGCGGCAUCUGGCGGUGACGGGACCGACCUCUCGGUCGGCCUCUCGGAUCCUCCGCGAAGCCCGGGCGGCCGCCAGAGUCACGGGGGCCGCCUCCCUCCCUCCUUGGGGGUUGCAGGACGUCCCCGCGCCCUCUGGACUACCCGUCCCUUCCGGGGGCAAGCCUGGGGCGGAGGGAGAGGGUGAUCCGGGCCCCCCGCCUACGCUGGGCGGGGGAGCCGGAGCCGCGGCCGCCCGAUCUCCGAGGGCCGGCCCGGGCGGGAGCCGUGCCGCUUCGCUCUGCCAACCCCGUCUUGCCCCGACCCCCCGCCCCGUGGCCGAACCCCAGCCUGCUCCAGGAGCGGCCGGGGAGGGGAAGCCUCAGGCCUCCUCCCCUCCCACCCCCGGCCAGCCUGCCCCCUCGGCGUCCAGCCACUGAGAAGGGCUGCAGAUCUCACCGCCUGUCAGGGACUUCCCAAUCCCUCGCCCCUCAACGUCCCGUGUGCUAAAUCCCUCCCUGCCCCCUGGGAAACACCCACAGUGUGGGCUGCGGCCCUGAGCGGGCGGGGGCCACGCGGGGCCGACUGGCCACAGCCCGGCUUUAGAACACGGACCGAGAUCGGGGAAGAUGGCGGGCCAGAAUGGCUUUCCCCGUCCAGCCCCGCGGUCCGGUUCAGCCCCCGAGAUGGGGGGUGGUCUGGAGGGAGGGGAUCCCACGCCGGGGGUCCGAAGGGGGCUGCGGCCCUAGAGAGGGAGGACGGGGGGGCUUGGGUUGGAAGAUAUAGUGGGCUUGGGGGGGGGGGGGGUCAGACCUCCACUGUGGUGGGUCUUAAACCGUUUCCCGGGGGCGUCGGGCCACGAGCGCGGCCUCCGAGUGUGUGCCUUGUAGUAGAGUGUGGCCCCGAGGCCUGCAUAAAUUAUUGUAAAAUCAGCCA